CAUGGGAUCCCUCACGCUGGUCUUACUCGCGGCAUUUGCCAGCACCGUGUUCUGCCAACGCAGCAAGGACAACGUGUGCCGAAAGGACAAUGGUUUCUUCGAGCACGAGCAGUACUGCGACUACUACUACGAGUGCCAGGAUGGCGUGGCCACAACGCACCUCUGCCCCAACGGUCUCGCCUUCUCCGGCAAGAACCGGGGCCUCCUGAACCACUGCGACUACCCACACCGCGUCGGGUGCCCUGACGAGGACGGCCGCGUCAUGGGACAGUCCCCCGAAAGCAGCGAGAACUGCCACUGGCAGUACGGAGUCUUCGCUCACCAGACAAGUUGCACCCGCUAUUGGCAGUGCUGGAACGGCACGUCCACUAUCCAGCAGUGCCCCUUCUCCCUCCUCUACAACGACGUAAUGCACGCCUGCGAUUGGCCAGACAACGUGCCCGACUGCCAGAAGCACCCUAUCUGCAAGGACAGUCCCAACGGCCACAUCGCCAUCGAGAAAAGCUGCGUGCGCUACUGGCUUUGCGUCGGCGGAUACCCCAGGCUGCAGCGUUGUCCUGCUGGACUGGCCUUCAACCCUACCGCGCUUCGUUGCGAGUUGGCCGACAGCAUUCCCGGCUGCGAGCCACCCCCAACCACCCAGCCUCCGGAUGAGGACGCCCCACCCCAGCAGCAGGCCCGACCCCGACCCCAGCAGGCGCCUAGGCCAUCUCCCCCCGCGCAACAGACGUCCGGACAGCGUCGCUUCAGCCCCCCACCUCAGGCCAUCCCCGCGCCAGCCCCAGCCCCAGCGCAACCCGGAGCGCCUGACCAAGACGACGCCGCGGACUACGCCGACAACGCCGGCGGUCAGGCGCGUCCUCAGGGAGGUCCAAGGAGACCAGGCUUCCGGCAAACCGGAAAGUAG